AAGAAAGCUAUAGGGUCAUGUGAUGGUUUUACGUCGUACACGUACCAAACAGAAAGCUAGAUGCGCCUUGUAAAAUUGGCCUAACCAGCUCUCACCAUAAUCCCAAGAUAGCCAGAAAGGUAGUAUGGGUCUGAAGUUACCCAGGCCUCCGCACCGCCAGGACGGGCCGUGGGCCUGGGUUGUUCUUAUGUGUGGGGUGCUACAUGCCUGGUUGACACACGGGUUUAAUCGCUCGUUUGGAAUCUUCCUUCCCGCUCUUAUGGAUGAAUUCAAUGAAACACGUGGAAAUGUUGCCCUCUUAGGGUCUUUGUCCGUUGGAACGAUCCUUAUCAUGUCUGUAGUGACGGGCUUCCUGUGCACACGCCUGGAUGUCCGAGUCGUGUCCGGGAUCGGACACAUCAUUCGUUGCUGCUCGCUCUUGGCCACCGCUCUCCUGUAUAACAUCAUACCAAUGUAUUUUGUAUUUUCUUUGGCGUUCGGUGUCGGCGGAUCUUUCAUGUUUAUCCCAGUUAUGUUUUCUAUUCCAAGGUACUUCAAAAAGAAGCGUUCCAUGGCGGUUGGCAUAGUGACGGCAGGAGCCGGUCUUGGUGUUAUGACGAUUCCACCUCUUGCGCAAUACUUCGUCGAUACCUUCGGGUGGAGAGACGCUAUGAGAUUGCUGGCCUGUCUAUACGUAGGCUCAUGCGUUUGCACGCUAGCUUAUUCUCCGGAUGUUAUUGAAAGUACUGUUAGGAGAGAUCAGGCAGUAUUACCUGUGCAGCCCAUGGACAAGGAGAGCAAAAAGAAACAUUUAAGUGAACAGUUUGAUUGGUCCUUGUGGAAGGUUCCCAAGUUUCAGAUUGCUGCAAUGUCUAUUUGCCUGGCCACGUUUGGCAUGUACAACGCACCGAUACACCUGGUGAAGUUUGCUGGCGAGAUUGGCUUCCCCGCCACUAGAUCCUCUUUCCUCUACACUUACAUGGGCGCUGCUACAGUUAUUGCUCGUCUAAUCACGGGACCCCUGUGUGAUUCCCCGAGGAUCAAUGUCUCAUACAUCAAUCUAAGUACCCAGGUUCUCGCAGCCAUUUCUGUCAUGCUUCUGACCCAGGCCACUAGCUAUGCUCAUCUUAUAGCUUUUUCAGUGGUCAGCGGACUAGCUGACGGAGCGUUUCGUACAACAAUAACGAUAAUCUUUGUAGACGCUGGUGGGUCACGUGACAAGGCUGCUAUAGCGUACUCGCAAGCCGUGACUGUUACUGCUAUAUUUCAAGGUGCCGGUCCUCCUGUGGCAGGUUUGAUGGCCGACCAAUCAGGCUCUUACACGUCAGCAUUCUACAUGAGUGGUAUUGUGCUUUUGGUAGCAGCCGCUGUGCGCUUGGUACCGACGUGUAUCUCUAAACUGAGGCAUAUCAAACAGGGUUCGGGAGCCGAGGAACUUGAGAUGAGUGACAAUCCCGCCUUAGGAGGUAGUGGUGGGUCAAAUAGGCCUUCAUUUGUCGUCACGAGGUUAUGAUUUGUCUUCACGAGGGUAUGCACCUUACGUAAUGAAGAUGACGAUAGCAAGGAGAGCGUGAUCAAAAAAUGGUUUCAAGCUUGGCUCUCAAUUCUAAUUUAGUUUCGGUAAAAUAAUGUCAUUUUUAUAAAAAAAGUAAAGAAAAGUCUAGAGACUUAUUUGUGCUCUAGUGAAUAAUAAAAAAAGUCUGCUUAACAGCG